UUCUGAGACUGUACAAGCAUCUGAUGCACUAUUCAAAAUCACUUACUCUUACUGAUCCUACAUUUUUUAGAAGAAAAGUAGCAGCAGAGUUUAAGAAGAAUAAGAAUCUUCUUAAUAGUGAGGAAAUCACCUUUGCUUAUCAGAAAGGUGAAGCGUUACUGAGGCGUGGCAGUGUUGUGUAAGAUGCUGAAUGUGCUCCAUAUUCGUAGCCUUUCUGUGCUGUUUCGUACACCAGUUGCUUAUAAACACACCAUAGACUAUUCAAAGGUUCCAAAGAUACACGAACAUGAGUUGACUGAAACAUUUGUCAGAGGAAGUGGUCCAGGUGGCUCAGCUGUGAACAAAAAUGCUAAUUGUGUAGUUCUUACACAUGUGCCUACAGGUACAGUUAUAAAAUGCCACAUAAGUAGAUGUCAAGAUGAGAAUAGAAAGUUGGCUAGAGAAAUGUUGGUAGAUAAAUUAGAUGAGGCAUUGAAUGGUGUAGAAAGUGUGGCGGCACAGAGGAAAAGGUUGCAAGAGAAGAAGUUUAAAAGGAAUGAGUCUAAAAAGAAGAAGAUGGCUCAACUGAAAAGCGAGUGGAAGAAGCGCGAGGGUCUUACCUAG